UGCGACAUGGGCAACUGGAGAAAGUUUAUCUUGUGGUUCGCCCAGGAGCAUGUCGAUUUUCGAGUUCAAGAGUUUGAGUCUCUGAUCAAAAUGUUUGGACUUCAGGCCCGCCGGCUUACAGAACAGACCAGGAAACCAUUUUGGGUGGUCGAAUUUCGGGACACGGAUUCUGCGUUGCUAUACGCAUCCAGGUCCAUUUCUUUGCGUGCCAUGAUCGAGCUCUACGCCCACUCCCACAAAUUACCCGAGUUUCACCAGAGGCUACGGAAUCAUGUUACCACGAACUGGAACUCGCUUGCGGAAUACUUUCGGGUGGAGGCCAGUUUUAAAAUCGUUGUGGAGACCUACAACAAGCACUUCAGCCAAAGGGAAAAGGUCGAGAAAAUCGAGUCCAUGGAUUACCUGCCAAUAGAGGGAGCGGUCAACCUGAAGAAACCCGAGGUGGAGUGGUGGUACAUCGAGUUUUGGGGCUUGGAUCCAACGGCCGUGCCUCCUGAGCCGGAGGACAUUCUGUUUGGUCGGCUGGUGGCCCAUGGUCAGCGGCAUUUGAUCAAGGAGCUUUCGCUGAAGCAUCGAAAGUUCAUCGGCAACACCAGCAUGGACGCCCAGCUUAGCCUGCUAAUGGCCAACCAGGCGAUGGUACGCGAAGGGGAUCUGGUCUUCGAUCCGUUUGUGGGGACGGGCUCGCUUCUGGUAAGCGCCGCCAAGUGGGGCGGGUAUGUCCUGGGAGCGGACAUAGACUACAUGAUGGUGCAUGCCCGCUGCCGGCCGAGCCGGAUAACCCAAAAAGUGCGUGAGAAGGACGAGAGCAUCCGGGCCAAUUUGAAGCAGUACGGCUGCGCUGAUCGCUACAUGGAUGUGGUGGUGGCCGACUUCUCAAACCCGGUGUGGCACCCUCGCAUCUCGUUCGACUGCAUAAUUACAGAUCCUCCGUAUGGAAUAAGAGAGGCUACGGAAAAAGUGGAGAAAAAGGCUAGCGUAAAGGCUAACACUAGAAGUGAGAGCAUGGUGCAUUACCCAUCAACGUCGCACUAUUCCUUGCAGAGUCUCUAUGGGGACCUUCUCGAGUUCUCUGCGAAGCACCUAAGACUGGGAGGACGUCUUGUCUGCUGGAUACCCUUUCACAGCGAGGACUACGACCCCAAGAUGCUGCCACAGCAUAAGCAUCUGAACCUGGUAGCUAACUCUGAGCAGCAAUUGACUGGAAAUACUGCUAGGCGGCUACUCACAUAUGAAAAGUGCUUCGAGUAUAGUCCAACAGAACCCUUAUUGGGCGGCAUAACACAGGUGCCAACGCCCUCGCAGGACUUCAGGGAUCGGUACUUUAACAAUGCUCUGGAGUCACGCAAAGAGCGUCGAAUGCGGAAGGCAGAGUUGCGGGAACAGGCUCGUGUGGAGAUGAAUGCACGGGGAAAGAUUCCCACGGAUGGGCGCUCCAAAAAGUGUGACCUGAAUAAGGCUCGAUUUGUGUGAUCUCCGUUGAAGUGUAAUUUAUAGUCUUAUCUUUGAUUCCGAUUUGGAAAAAAAGAAAAUAGAUAAAUACGAUUGACAAUGGGACCUUA